CUGGGUCACUAAUGUCUCUGUUAAUCGUUUUGUUGCAGUUGCAGACGUUUUCUUCUGUGUGCAGAAGAUGCGUCCAUUUUAAGGGCUGUGAAUUUUAAAUUUGAGAUGGAAUUUACCAAGGUUUACCAUUUCCUAUGUGUCAAAGGCUUACUCGUCAAAUGUUCUGAAGCUGGUAAUCUGGCUGCUCGGCAUAUGCUUGGAAAGGUAAUACUGUUGAGCUCUACUCAUCUGUUGUUCAGUGAAACGAAAAGUAAAAUACUUGAUGUCAGCAAUUUUGAUAUUCCGACGGUUAAUUGUUGGAUUCGUGACGCGUAUGUUCCCUUGCAUAACAUGAAAGUCUGUUCUUUUAUGAGCUACUUUUUUAAGGUCUCUUCACCAAAAAGACUAGUCCACCACCAAGUUGUGAAGUUUUUCUUGCUCAAUGGCAGUCAUCAUGACUUUGUUGAAAUGGCUCCGUUCCUAAAGUAUUAUGUUAUGUUCUUCACCAAAUUUACCGGAGGCCAUUGCCGCCUCAUCAACUCCAUCGAGUUACUUGCACGGACUGCCUCUCGUGUCAGAACAAUGGAGAAACUGACCAAGACAAAAGAAUCGCUUAAUGGCUACAUUAGGGGCUUGGGAGAAUUCAUAGAAAUGACAACCGAAGAAAUAGCUGAUAGAAUUCCUGAAGACACUUCUGGUAAGGUUAUGGAUUAUCUUCACCUUCAAAAUUUUUACCUCCAGAAAUGUACUACAGAUGGCGUGGAUCAGCUAGUAGCCAUGACUGACGCAAAUUUUGUGGAGGCUCUGAGAGACGAUGUGCUCAACCUACUUUAUGACGCAAACAUUGAGUUGAGUAAAAUUCGAGCUGCGACAGUUGGUCAAUUUGAAAACAAGUUUGAAUAGGUUUAAUUAUACAUGACAUUCAAUAACUGUAAACUUUA